UUCAACAGGAUCGGUGAAGGUCAUUCACUGUAGAGAUGGGGAUGCUGGCCAGAUCCACUCUAUUACUACUGUUAUGGCAAGGACUGUCUGCCAUUGACGUCCCACUGGAAAUCAGACAGCCCCCCACCAUUAUAAAACAGUCGUUGAAGGAUCAUGUCGUGGACCCCAGAGACAACAUGGUCGUUGAGUGUGAAGCCAAAGGCACCCCCCACCCAAUUUUCUCAUGGAGGCGUAAUGGGAAGUAUUUCAAUGUGGCACGGGACCCUCAGGCCUCGAUGAGGAGACGUUCGGGGACGCUGGACAUCUAUGCCUGGGCUGACCCGGAGGCUUAUGAGGGGGAGUACCAGUGUGUUGCCACCAAUGAGUAUGGCACUGCAUACUCAAACAAGAUCAACCUACGCAUCUCUAGGGCCCCUCUGUGGCCCAGAGAGGUUUUGGAACCGGUAACGGUGAGUGUUGGUCUUCCUCUGGUCCUGGACUGCAGCCCUCCUCCAGGCCCUCCCAAACCUGAGACCUAUUGGAUGAGCAAGUGUUCAUCAGGGAGACCUUUCAACUGGCCUCACCAGCCCCACCCCCCAGUCAUGCUGCCUAUCAAACAAGACCGUAGAGUGUCUAUGGGGGUGAAUGGAGAUCUCUACUUCUCUAAUGUCUACGUCAAUGACUCUGCCACUGACUACUGUUGCAACGCUCGCUUCCCCUACAAAAACAUAAUUCAACAGAAGAUGCCUAUUACCGUUAGAGUCCUUACAACCCGCAUGGUGUCAGAGGCCGCUCCCACCUUCCUGUCUCCAGCCGGGAGGUCCAGCUCCCAGACUGUCCUGCAGGGGGAGGAGCUGCUCCUCGAGUGCAUCGCUGCUGGAGUUCCAACCCCUGUCAUCACAUGGACCAAAGAUGGACAGGAACUGGACACGACCAACAUGAAGGUGAAGAACUACAACAAGUUACUGCAGAUCCCCAAGGCCGCUUUUGAGGACUCUGGUGAAUACACGUGCAGUGCCACAAACAAGAUUGGAUACUUGGAACACACCAUCACUGUCCGGAUCAAAGCUGCUCCGUUCUGGUUGGAAAAGCCCAGUAACCUGGUGCUGGCCCCAGAGGAGAAUGCACGCUUAGUGUGCCGCUCUGACGGCAUCCCCCGGCCCAGUAUCCGUUGGUUCAUCAAUGGAGAUACAAUGGAGGAUGCUACUCCAGUCCCAAACAGGGAGGUGUCCGGAGACACAAUUACCUUCCGUUCUGUGACUGUGGCGAACACUGGUGUAUACCAGUGCAAUGCCUCUAACCAGUAUGGCUACCUGUUUGCCAAUGCUUACAUCAACGUACUGCAUGCAAAGCCACGUAUCCUUAGGCCUAGGACUGACCUGGUGAAGGUCAUUGAGGGCAGACGCGCCUGGCUAGACUGCCGCUAUUUUGGCUCGCCCGUGCCUGAUCUGCGCUGGUCUAAGUAUGGACUGGGCAACCUGGAGGGGAAUCGCUUUAAAGUACACAGCAACGGGACACUACAGAUCAAAGGCACCCGUAUGGAUGACCAGGGGUCAUAUGUGUGUGUUGUCAGCAACGUAGCAGGACGAGAUGAAAACGAGGUCAAACUAGAAGUCAAAGAGUCCACCAAAAUUCUCAAACGCCCAGAUAAUAUGAGAGUCCUCCGGGGGACUGAUGUCCGGUUGGAGUGUAAGGCCCAACAUGACCCCACGGUCGCCGUCACCACCACCUGGCUGAAGAACAAACAGUUCCUCAUCAUAGGCUGGAGGCUGUCGCUGGAUGAAUCAACUCUGGUCAUCACAAACGUCAAUAGAGGAGACGAGGGCAAUUACACCUGCAUCAUCAAGACUGAGAUGGACAAGAACACUGCCUCCGCCCGCCUGGUGGUGAUGGAUCGUCCAGACCCCCCUACAAACUUGCAGUUGUCGGACCCCUUUGAGCGCAGCGUCAGGCUUACCUGGACCCCUGGAGAUAGCAAUCACAGUCCUAUCAAAGAAAACCUGGUGCAGUAUGAUGAUGACGACUGGUUACCUUUCAAGUGGAGAAACCUUUCCACGUACCCUGGAAACCUGAACUCUGUCAUUCUGCAACUGUCACCAUUCAUUAUCUAUGAGUUUAGGGUCAUUGCUAUCAAUGACAUUGGUAUGAGUAAACCCAGUCGCUCGUCAGCCAACUUCCAGACUGGUGGAGCACCUCCAGACGCCAUCCCUAAAAACAUCCAGGGAGUGGGAACAUGGAGAAACAACAUGAUGAUCAGCUGGGAGGCAUUAAACAACAGAGAGUGGAACGGUCCCCACCUAAAGUACUUGGUGUGGUGGAAACGGAGGGAUUCCAGGGAGGAGUGGAAGAACGCUACCACUUGGUGGUGUAAAUACUACAUCUACGACACAGACACCUUCACACCAUACGAGAUAAAGGUCCAGGCUGUCAAUGACUUUGGGAUGGGCCCAGAGUCCCCUGUCAUCAUAGGCUACUCUGGAGAAGACCGUCCCACUGCUGCCCCCCUCAACCUGCGUGUGUCCAGGAUAGAGGCCACUAAGGUCACCGUGCACUGGGACCCCGUGGCUCGCAGCAGCAUCAUGGGAGAAUUGAAGGAAUACAAGGUCUACUUCUGGCGAGACAGUAGCCAGCUGAGGUGGCUGAGUGUGAGCAGGGCCAUGAAGUCUAAAGCCUUUCCAGCCAGCGGGCCGCGUCUCUCUGGUGUCCUGCCGGGACUCAUCCCUUACAGCAACUACAAGAUGUACAUAGUGGUGGCCAACAACCGAUACGAGGGACAUCCCAGUAACACCAUAGAGUUCUCCACUCCAGAGGGAACACCCUCUGCUCCAAGAUCCUUCAGAAUCCAGCAGAGACAUUUGGACAUGAUCUGGGUGGACUGGGACACUCCUGCAGAGCCCAAUGGCAUCGUCACCGGAUACAUACUCAAAUAUCAGACAGUGAACGCAACUCAGGGGGAAGAAUUGCACGUUGAGGGAUUUCCCCCAAACACCACCAGUUUUGCUGUUCGCAGAUAUGAUCGCUACACCCGCUAUAGAUUCACCAUAGCAGCACAGACAAGAAUCGGAGUAGGAGAGUGGUACACAGAGGAAUCACCCCAUUAUACAACUGAAGCUUAUGCUCGGGAGCAGGUGGACCUCUCCACUCAGGGCUGGGUAAUUGGUGUGAUGUGUGCUGUGGCUCUAUUCGUGCUCAUCCUGCUGGUCGUCUGCUUUAUCAAAAGGAGCCGAGGGGGCAAAUACCCAGUACGGGACAAGAAAGAAGUGACAUUGGAGCCAGUGGAUGACAAAGAUCAGGAGGGAUCAUUUGACUAUCGGUCUCUGGAAAGGAUAAGUCGUGUCACCACCAUUCCCUACUCUGCCCGACGGGAGGAAGAGACUAAAGUUGGCAGGGGCCAGACGACAGUAGACACCAUGAUGAAACGGACAGAUAGUGACGACAGUCUGGUGGACUAUGGGGAUGGACAGGAGAUUGAGUUCAACGAGGACGGCUCCUUCAUUGGCCAGUACACUGGACACAAGGAGAGGGAUGACAGAGACACAGAGUUCAGUGAGAGCAGGAGCCAGGAAGCCCACUCCCCGAUGGCCAACUCCCCCAUGAGCCCCAUCUAUUCAUUUGCAUAAGGAAACAAGACGUACAAUGGGUGUUACACUCAGACUGGGUCCGGAAUGAACAUUGCCCACUAGCGCCUCUAUAAACAGUUGUAUAUGCGAAUCAGACUGGGUCUGGAAUGCCCACUGCCCACUAACUGGGGGACAAAUCCACCAUCUUCUUCAAUCCAGGCACACAAGAUGAUGUGGUUGGAGCCUGGUAGUGUUACUCCAUUCUCAAGCUCUGCAUUGACACUGGGUUGGUGCUGUAAAUGCAAUACAGCAGCAAUUUAACAAAAAUAUGAAGGUUACAGUUACAGUCUAGUUACAGUUAUGAAGUUGUAAAAAGUACAUGCUUUUCAGGUGUAUUUUGUGGGUGUGGAAGUGCAUGCGUACAUGUUGAUGUGCGUGUGUAAUAUUCCUACUAAUGGAGAGAUAUUGACUGAACAUUAGGCAGAGGGAUACAUUGAUAAGUUUAUCAUGUUGAUAAAAGCAGUGACACUUGGUAGAGAAACUAUUUAUAUGAUAAAUAUUAUUUAUAUGAUGAUUUAUAUGACAGUGGGAGAAAAAUAUUAAUUAACAAUUCACUGCUAAGUCACUGGUUUAGGCCUGGCAGGAUUGCUAAGGAUCCUUUUAACUUUAUCUCCACCUGAUGGAAGUAAAUAUAGUACCACCUUUAGGGCUCUGUGCCCUUGAUUUGUUUGUCUGUUGCUUUGUCUAAACAUUGUUCUGUGAAUCUUGGCUGACGUUGUUAUUGGUAUGAUGACACAUUGUCAUUGUGUACACACAUUUCAGGACUGUGGGCUGUUUCAACAUCUUUCAAAGCUAGACAGAUGUCAUCUGUAGCCUUGAAAAUGUCUGGACAGCAAAUUGUCUACUUUUGGGUGUGAGCAGAAAGUGUCAACACAGACAUAUCCGUAAUAUCCCUAAACAUAUCCCUAAUCAAUGUCUCUAGGACCAUACUGUACCUUUUUUUUCCCUGUGCACUUUUAAUUUGUGUAAUUGUAAUGUGGUGAGCUACAGUAUUUAGAAGUUGUAAAUGCUAUGAUAUUAUUUAAUCAUUUAUUUACUUUCUGCUUAUCAUUAAUGUUCCUUGUAAUUUUGACAAUAUUAACUGAUAGAGAUUUACCUUGUACUCAUGGUACUCUAAUUAAUACACAAAUAGAUUAAAACCCUGUUCUAAUGACAUGAAAUGCUCAAGGCCAGCUGCAUUUUUCCAUCAUGAGUAAUAGUGUUGAAAGUACAAUAUGGAGGAGCAGCAGUACAGUAUCAUCAUGUUCUCAAAUGAUAUGAUGCACACGGCAUACUGUAUAUUAACCUUCCAGUCAGGGACUAUGAAUCUGCAACAUCGUCAGUAACAUUAGUGGGGGAAAGCUGACAGGUGAUUCAGAGCUGUAUUUCAGACAUAGUUUAGUUUUUUUAACUGUAAAUUGUCUCUCCCCUUAAUAACCCAGCACUUGUGCAGUGCCUUCAGAAAGUAUUCACACCCCUUGACUUUUCCACAUUUUGUUGUUACAGCCUGAAUGUUAAAUGGAUUAAACUGAGAUGUUGUGUCACUGGCCUACACACAACACCCCAUAAUGUCAGUGGAA